AUGGCAUCGAUCUCCGCCGCGCCUUCCUAUCUGCCGCUGGCCCUGAUUGACAAGUGCAUUGGCUCCCGGAUAUGGGUCAUUAUGAAGGGUGACAAGGAGAUCGUAGGCACUUUGCGCGGUUUUGAUGAUUACGUCAAUAUGGUGAUGGACGACGUGCGAGAGUACACUUUCACUCCCCAGGGCAAGAAGAUCACACACCUGGAGUCGAUACUUCUCAAUGGCAAUAACAUCACGAUGCUGGCAGCCUCAGCUCUCGGGGGGUGA